AUGGCCGUUUCUCAAUCCCACCCCAACAUCGUCGACGGCUGGUUCAGAGAGAUCAACACCCAGUGGCCUGGCCAGGCCAUGACCCUUCAGGUCAAGCAGGUCUUGCACCAGGAAAAGUCUCUCUUCCAGGACGUCCUCGUCUUCGAGUCCGAGACUUACGGCAACGUCCUUGUCCUCGACGGUGUCAUCCAGUGCACUGAACGUGAUGAAUUCUCCUACCAGGAGAUGAUCACCCAUCUUCCUAUGGCUUCUCACCCCAACCCCGAGAACGUCCUCGUCAUUGGUGGUGGUGACGGAGGUGUUAUCCGAGAGGUCCUCAAGCACAAGUCCGUCAAGAAGGUUACUCUUUGUGACAUUGACGAGGCCGUCAUCCGAGUCUCCAAGCAGUGGCUCCCUAUCAUGUCCGACUGCUACAAGGACCCCCGAGUCGAGGUCCACAUCGGCGACGGUUUCGUCUUCCUUCCCGAGCACAAGAACGAGUACGAUGUCAUUAUCACCGACUCUUCUGACCCUGUCGGCCCCGCCGAGGCCCUCUUCAAGCCUCCCUACUUCCAGCUCCUCAAGGAAGCCCUCAAGGAGAACGGUCACGUCUCCACCCAGGCCGAGUGCUUGUGGGUCCACCUUCCCUUGAUCAAGGAGCUCCAGGAGACUUGCAAGAAGCUCUUCCCCGUUGUCAACUAUGGCUUCACCACCAUCCCCACCUAUCCCGCCGGUCAGAUCGGUAUCAUGGUCUGCUCCAAGGACGCCAAGGUCGACGUCUCUGUUCCUCUCCGAGCCGUCCCCGACACCAAGUACUACAACUCCGAGGUCCACAAGGCCGCUUUCACCAUCCCCGAGUUCGGCCGAGCCAUGCUCGAGGACGGCGUCAACGUCUUGCCCAAGUUCAGCGGUGUCCGACCCGGUACCGUCCCCACCACCAAGAAGAAGGUCCUUCUCCUCGGUUCCGGUCUCGUUGCUGGCCCCGCUGCCGACUACAUCGCCCGACACGGUCACGAGCUCACGGUCGCUUGCCGAACCUUGUCUACCGCCGAGGCCCUUGCCGGCAAGCUCCCCAACGCUACUCCCAUUGCCCUCGACGUCAGCUCUCCUGACGCUCUUCGACAGGCUCUCAAGGGCCAUGACGUUGUCGUCAGCUUGAUCCCCUACACCUUCCACGCCGCCGUCAUGGAGGCUGCUCUCGAAGAGAAGGUCCACGUCGUCACCACCUCCUACAUCAACCCCCAGAUGCGAGCCCUUGAGCAAAAGUUCAAGGACGCCGGUUUGACCUGUCUCAACGAGAUUGGUGUUGACCCCGGAGUUGACCACCUGUGGGCCGUCAAGACCUUUGACGAGGUUCACCGUGCCGGUGGCAAGAUCAAGAGCUUCUACUCCUUCUGUGGUGGUCUCGUCGAGCCCUCUGCUGCCGACAACGCCCUCGGUUACAAGUUCUCUUGGUCUCCCGUCGGUGUCCUUAUGGCCCUCAACAACGACGGCAAGUACCUCAAGGACGGCAAGGCCGUUGAGAUUGCCGGCAAGGACCUCAUGUCUACCGCCAAGCCCUACUACUUUACCCCCGCCUACAACCUCGUUGCCUACCCCAACCGAGACUCUACCGUCUUCAGGGAGUUCUACAACAUCCCCGAGGUUCAGAACCUUGUCCGAGGUACUAUGCGAUACGCUGGAUUCUGUGAAGUCAUCACUGCCUGGAAGGAGAUUGGUUUGAUGAGCGACGCCUCUGUCGACUAUCUUGCCAAGGGUGCCGCCCCCGUCACCUGGGCCCAGAUCCUUGCCAAGCUCCUCGGUGUUGAGGCCAACGAGGCCGCUAUCAUUGAGAAGCUCAAGACUCUUCCCGCUUUUGAGAAGGACACCAAGAUCCUCCUCGGCAAGCUCAAGUCUCUCGGUCUCUUCUCCGAGGAGGCUGCCGAGCAGCGAGGUUCCGUCAUGCGAUCCCUUUCUGCUCAGCUCGAGAAGAAGUGCGCUGUCCAGGAGGGCGAGGUUGACCUUGUCAUCUUGCAACACACCUUUGAGGUCAUCAACGCUGACGGUACCGAGAAAACUAUCACUGCUUCUCUUGAGGCUUACGGUGACAGGAACGGUGGUCCUUCUGCUAUGGCCAAGCUUGUCGGUGUUCCUUGCGGUAUGGCUGUGCAAUUCAUCCUUGAGGGCGCCUACACCAAGACUGGUGUCCAGGCCCCUUACGACGAGGAGACUUGUGCGCUCUUCCGAGAGAGGCUCGCCAGGGAGGAGGGCAUUGACAUGGUUGAGAAGGAGCUUUAA